AUGCCUCUGCCCGACAAGCAUCCUCUAGGGCGCCUAUCGGUGAACACUUCGGGCAAAAACAUACGAAGCAAACUGAAUUUUGGCAAAAAACCCGCCCCUUCCAAGAUAGAUAUACCGAUGAAUCGGACAUCACUUUCUGACUUCGAAAUAGGUAAAGUGCUAGGCAAAGGCAAGCUUGGAAAAGUAUACUGCGCUAAACAUAAAAAGUCCGGCUUUAUUUGUGCAAUCAAAGUAAUGGCAAAGAAAGAUUUGGUUGCCUUGAAGCUCAAAGAGAACUUCCGGCGUGAGAUCGAGAUCCAAAAGGGCCUAGUACAUCCAAACAUAAGUAGGCUUUACGGCUUUUUCUUCGACUCUAAAAAUGUAUAUUUGAUCCUAGAAUAUGCUGUUCAUGGUGAAUUGUACCAGCUCCUUAAGACAUAUCGCAGGUUCGAUAAUGUCACUGCUUCAAAUUACAUCUACCAGGUCUCGUGCGCAUUGCAAUACUUGCACUCAAAGAACAUCAUUCAUCGCGAUAUAAAGCCAGAAAACAUCCUUCUCUCAUCUUCAAGGACCGUCAAACUCAGCGACUUUGGUUGGUCUGUCAAGUCUGAGUCGGAGACAACUAAUCGGCGCCAAACAGUCUGUGGCACUCUCGACUACCUACCGCCCGAAAUGGUACAGUCACAGGACCAUGACUAUAGUGUAGAUCUAUGGCUGUUGGGUAUUUUGUGCUAUGAGUUCCUCGUGGGACGGCCUCCCUUUGAGGAACAGGAGAAGAGCGCCACCUACAAACGGAUCGUGAAAGUUGAUCUUUCGAUACCAAGUUUUGUAGAUGGAGAUGCUGCUGAUUUUAUAAAACGCCUUUUACAAAGGGAUUCUACCAAACGUAUGCAAUUAUCGGAGCUAAGCUCUCACCCUUGGAUCCAAAAAUACCGUCCUUUGUGGCCUAAAGCCCAACUGAUUCACACAUAA